UGUAUAAUAUUGUCUAGUGGAUACACCAAUUAUGAAUUAUAAAACAACUAUAAAUUGAGCAUAAUUUGUACUCAAUUUCAGUGUCAUAUUAGAUUUAUUGAGAAGCUAAAAGGAACAUAAAUUUAACAAAAUGUUGACUCCUGAGAAGAUCCUUCUAAGAAAAAUAAGGAAACGAGAAAAAAUGAAACUUCAACUGAUGACUGCCAAAUCUAAGACAAAUAGGGAAAAUGAAGAUAGUACUCCUAUUCCAACAAAAAGAAAGGCGAGGACUGAAGAUACACUAUCUAAAUCAAAGAAAAAGAAGCAAGAAAAUGUUCAAUUAGAAGAAGAUGAAGAGAAAUCUGUAAAUGAAACUGAAACUUCAGAUAGUGAUGAUGAAGACAAGGAAUUAGAAAUUAAAUCAAAGCAGUCAAGUUCAAGCCUUAAUCCAGGACACUUAUCGGACAAAACUUUUGCAUCAUUCGAAGGGAAAAUCUGUGAGGCUACAUUGAAGAGUAUAAAUGAAAUGGGGUUCACAACUAUGACUGAGAUACAGGCAAAAGCUAUCCCUUAUUUGUUGGACGGAAAAGACCUUGUUGGUGCUGCUAAAACAGGCUCCGGAAAGACACUGGCUUUCCUUAUACCUGCUAUUGAACUUAUUUAUAAAGUGCAGUUCAAACCUAGAAAUGGAACUGGGGUCAUCAUUUUGUCACCCACCAGAGAAUUAUCAAUGCAAACAUUUGGUGUCCUUAUGGAACUAAUGAAAUAUCAUAACCACACAUAUGGCUUAGUUAUGGGUGGUGCCAACAAAAAUAAUGAAGCUCGUAAACUUUCUAGAGGAGUAAAUAUAUUAGUGGCAACACCUGGUAGAUUGUUGGAUCACAUGCAAAAUACUCCAGAUUUUGUCUACAAGAACUGUUACUGCCUUAUAAUUGAUGAAGGCGAUAGAAUAUUAGAGAUAGGUUUUGAAGAAGAAGUUAAACAAAUUAUAAGACUUCUACCCAAAUAUCGUCAGACAGUUCUUUUCAGUGCUACUCAGAAUGAAAAGACAGAAGCACUUAAAGCUUUGGCUAUGGAUCAUGAGCCGAUAUAUGUUGGUGUUGAUGAUCAUAAGGAACAAGCUACAGUGGAGAGUUUGGAGCAAGGAUUCUUCUUGUGCCCAUCAGAUAAACGUUUGUUGGUCUUGUUUUCAUUUUUACGAAAGAAUAGAAAUAAGAAAGUGAUGGUGUUCCUAUCAACUUGUAAAUCAGUUAAAUAUCAUCAUGAGCUUUUCAACUAUAUUGACUUGCCUGUUAUGUCGAUACAUGGUAAACAAGAGCAAAAGGACCGUACAACUACUUUCUUUCAUUUUGGUAAUGCCAAGAGUGGUAUACUUCUGUGUACGGACGUGGCGGCGCGCGGUCUAGACAUACCCGCGGUGGACUGGAUAGUACAGUAUGACCCACCCGAUGAUCCUAAGGAAUACAUACAUCGCGUCGGCAGGACAGCAAGAGGUUUGGGUACCAGUGGAAAUGCAGUUUUAUUCUUACGGCCGGAAGAAAAAGGCUUUCUUGGUUUACUACAGCAGGCUAAGGUCACGUUGAAUGAGUAUGAAUGUUCAUGGACUAAAAUUGCGAACAUUCAAGAAGAGUUGGAGAAAUUAAUUGCAAGGAAUUUUCAUCUGAGAAAGUCAGCUACUGAAGCUUUCCAGAGCUAUCUCAGAGCUUAUGAUGCACAUCGUCUAAAAACAAUCUUUGAUAUCAACACAAUGAAUGUAGCAAAAGCUGCCAAAUCAUUUGGAUUUUCCUCACCACCAGACGUAGAACUAGGAGGCCCACAGAAGGGACAGAAAAAGGGUGGUAAACAUCCAAAGAAGAAUAACUUUAAUAGGAACCCAGACAAAAGAAAAUACUUCAAGCAGCAAGACAGAAGAUUCAAUGGCUCGACGUAAUCUUGUUAAAUUGAAAUUUGUAUUAGACAAAAUUUUACCUAA